AUGAACGGAUCGGACGGGCUCGCUGCGGCCCCCACUGCAGCAGCAGCUGCAGCAGCAGCAGCAGCUCGUGACAAUGCGUCAUGGCUUCUUAGAGCCGCGCGUAGGUCUGCGUCUGCUGCUGCCGGGAUUCACUCCCCAUGUUCGGUGCAGCCGUGCACAGAUAUCAAGACCAAGGUUGGGGACACGCAGCUAGCUGCUUCUGCAGCAGCAGCUGACGCCAGUAAAAUAAUUACUACGAGCCGCCCUAGUGCCUCGCUCGAAUCCUGUAAUGACAAAGGAGGGCUCCUGCAGGAACUGAGCAUAGCUCUUUUCUCCAAACUUGCUGAGUCGCUGCCUAAGGAUAGGGGUCCCCUCAGUUUCAUGAGCUGGGAGGACGGCAGUUGGUACUGUGGCCAGAUGGCUGACGGGGCCCUUGAUGGUGUCGGAGUGUAUAGGUACACGGACAACUCGGUCUAUUGCGGUCAAUGGUCCCGUGAUCGGCUUCACGGCUUUGGCGUCUUCAUCACCCCCAGCGGUUUCGUCUACAAGGGAAGCUUCGAGGCAGACAAACAAAACGGGCCAGGUUGGCACCUCUUCGUAUCUUUGUUCGCCUUUUGCCUUUGUUUUGAAUAUGUGCUUCGCUGCCGGCUAUUGACGAACAUGACUGUACUUCUUAGGGACUUGCGUCUCGUGCUCGACAUCAAAAAAAGAUGCAGCGGCACUCAACAUAUUGGUAGCUUGCUCGGUUCGCAUGCGUUUCUCGUGUAUUCAGGCAUUUUUUUGGUUCCCCAGGGCCCAACCUUUUUCGGACAUUUCCGCGAAGGUCGGCUACACGGUUUUUCUUGCUGUGUCUCCCCGUCGGGGGCCUCGCGACCCCUGUUGGGAGAGUGGCGUGAUGGGGAGUUUCUUCGGGCUUUGCCACUACACAGCCGCAUUGCAGAUUUUUACAUUCGAGCAGCAGAGGCGCUCGACCUUUUGGAAGCUCCCUGGGGUCCUCUUCCCGUACCAAUGCCCGACGCGACUCUUCUCGGGCUUCCCAAGGAAGAGGUCCCAGGAAUCCUAGGAUCUACCGGUGCCCCCAGCCAUGCCCGGAGGGAGCCCAAGCUUUGCAGUGCCGCAAUGCUAGAAGCGCUUCGCAUAGAACUUCCUAGGAGUCUUCUGCAGGUGGCAGCAGCAGAGGGCGCGCGCCAUGCGGCGCAGCAGCAACAACAACAGAAUGGACGACACUCCAGUGGGCGACUCGCGUGCAGUGGAAAGUCUUUAGUAAGAAAACGAAAGGCCAGCAAUAUGCCAAAGGUACAGAGCAAGGACGGGAACGAUGCCGCAGGAUCGCGGGUCAAGGGACCCGGCGGCGACGGCUACAUGUCUGGAGGUAACACCACUGCACCCCCUCGCGCUACAACUACCAAGGCGCAGCUGUUGAGGUGGGAAAGCGAAGCGAGAAAGCUGCCGCGAAUUCCGCACCUAAACUACAAUAGAGUUCUCGGGCGCUGGUACGCGAGGGUUCGAGACCCGACAAGUGGCCGCCGCAUAUGGAAGGGAUACACCUGCGCAGUACACGGCUUCUUUCAGGCCAGGGAUAUGGCCAUUGACAGGCUGAGACAGUUCAGCCAGCUCGUGGCUCCAUUGCCCACAGCAGCAGCGCCGCAUGAAAGCACUAAUGAAGCAGGUGGAGGCACAGAAGUACAUAGUACAGAGACUUCAGGGGAUGGCAAGGAGCAACAGCAACAACAAGAACACGACCACCAAUCUGUGCCUUCCCAACAAGCAGAAUCGGAAAUAGCUGUCGACGGCACAGUUGUCUCAACUGCGCCAUCCGCAAAGGGAAACGUGGACGUCAAAGAGGCCCAAAGACAGCUGGGCCUAGUUCCUAAUGGUGCAGUUUGCGGUGCCAUGGCCACUGCAGAAUGCAACUCUUCUGCAAACUCUCCAGCUGUUACCCCCACCACUGCUGACACUGCAAGAAAAGAGAGUCCAAGGUCAGAGGCAAACAACCAAGACGGCCCUGAAGUCGCACUACUUAAUGCCAGGCAACGGUCACCAGCCGACCUCAAAACCCACGCCAGCUGCAGCACAGCAGACGAAGCAGCUGCAGCUACUGUUGCUGCAGCGACGACCGCUUCCCCGUUGCCGCCUCAGCAGCAACAGCAGCAGCUACCCGCCAUCACGCCUUCAGGCCUAUCCUUCGGGACAGAGGCAGAGGCAGCAGAGCACAGCUGCUUACAGCACAAGGAUUCAAUGCAGGAUGAAGAGGGUGUCUCCUGCAGCAGACUGACCACAGCCGAUUGCAGCGACACGUUGAUCAGCCGCUGCACCCCCACGCACUGCGACUCUGCCUGA